UUUUCUACCCGAAGUUACGAAAUAUAUUUUCUUUACAUAUCAUCUCUUAUUAUCCGAUUUUGUGUGUGUCUUUCAUUAAAAUAAUAAAAUAAGCAAGAUCUAUCUUAACCACGAUGGCGUUUCCAGCAUUAAGACAGCCGAAAAACGCGAAAAUCGAAGAGAAGAUACGCACCCAAGUUUUUAAUGAGCCACAAAAUUUUUUGAUAGUCACUUUGAAAGAUGGGAAAAAGCUUGUGGUCUCCUCUGAUGCUUACCAUGGCAUCCUGACGGCAGGAGAGCUGUAUAGAUGCGUGUUUUGUGAGACAGAAAUGGUGAGAGACGUGAUUUGCAAAGAAAGACAUAAAGCGUCGGAAAAUCAUCGAAAGAUCCUAGAAGGGUACCCGCAUAUUGACGAAUACAAAGAGAAUCUACUUAGAAAGCUCAACACCCCGGGUCAUUACUGCACCGUAUGCAAUGUGGUUGUGAUGCUGCACUAUGCAAACAGACAUAUACUAGGACAUAGCCAUCGGCUGGAACUAGACAAGGCUAAGGGCAGAGCUCUGUCUUACAAACCGUAUUAUUAAAAGUAAUUAUAUAUAUAUGUGCAGAAAGGAGUGUA